AUGUUGUUAUUGCCUCCGUUUUCCUCGAAAACUCUUUCUUCGGGUUCGAUCAUCUGAGAUUGGUCUAUCUUACGAAAUCUUUUUUUGUUCCUCGCGUUGUAUCUCUUUGCUUUUUCUUCGACCGUCUCAUUCUUGUAGUGAACCGAAGAUAUAUGCGCUGCAAACUUUUGUGAAGUAUCAAACACAUUAUUGCAUUUGGGACAUGUAUAUGGACCGUAUUUCUCAUAAGGUAGGCUAUGUGUCCGACCAUCGUAUUUCUCAUAUGGACACUGACGUUCUCCGGCAUGACGAGACUGGUGUGAGCAAUGACCUCUACAAUUUCCUUCAGGUGUUUUUCACGGAGCAUCCACAACUCGUGAGGAACGACUUCUUUAUCACGGGGGAAUCUUAUGCAGGCCACUACAUUCCAGCGUCGGCUUCUCGCAUUCACACUGGAAAUAAAAAUAAUGAAGGGAUUCCAAUAAAACUUACGGGUAUUGCGAUUGGUAACGGCUUCACCAAUCCUGAGAUCCAGUAUGGUGCAUAUGGGGAUUAUGCGCUGGAAGUGAAGUUAAUCUCCCAGUCUGAUCAUGAAAGUCUCAACCAAGUUUACGUUAACUGUCAAAGCUCCAUAAGAAAAUGCAAUAUUGAUGGUGGUUUAGCGUGUGCUUCUGCUUACAACGUCUGCAUCAAAAUCCCUUACUAUAUACAAGCUGAAAACGUAGACAUGAAUCCCUAUGACGUGAGGAAGAAAUGUGGGGAACUGAUGUGUGAUGACAAUUCCAAUCUGGAAACUUUCUUGAACCAAGAUAAGGUAAGGAAAGCGUUAGGCGUUGGAGAUAACACUUUUGUAUCGUGCAACGAGACAGUUCAUCAAGCAAUGAUAGAGGAUUGGAUGAUUAAUCUCGAGGUUAAGAUCCCAACUCUUAUCGAAGAUGGAAUCAACCUUCUAGUCUAUGCCGGAGAAUAUGAUUUCCUUUGUAAUUGGCUUGGAAACUCCAGGUGGGUUGAGCAGAUGAAUUGGUCAGGCCAGAAGGAAUUUGGAACAGCCAAGACAGUGCCGUUCAUGGUAGAUGGUAAAGAAGCCGGUGUAAUGAAGAAUCACGGUCAUCUCACUUUUCUUAAGGUAAGUGAUGCUGGACAUAUGGUUCCGAUGGACCAGCCAAAGGCUUCUCUACAAAUGCUUCAGACUUGGAUGCAAGGAAAGCUGAAUAAAUUGCUAAAAUAAAAUAGAAUGCGUCUUCGUAGUUACCACUUUCUUGCAAAUUG